AUGGAGUUUUUACGUGAAGAAUUUGUUGAUUCAACAGUUGAAGAAAAAAGAUUGAAAGAAAAUAGAGAACAUAAAAAAUAUUGGUAUCGUUGGGGUCCAUAUUUAAGUGAAAGAUCAUGGGCUACAGUUAGAGAAGAUUAUUCGUUCAACGGCGACGCAUGGUCCAAUUUCCCCUUCGAACACGCUAAUGCAAGAGUCUUCAGAUGGGGUGAAGACGGUCUCUUUGGUGUGUCUGACAAUAAGCAAUUGGUUUGUUUAAAUUUGGCUCUUUGGAAUGGUAAGGAUUGUCGUCUAAAAGAAAGACUAUUCGGUUUGACAGGCCCACAAGGUAACCACGGUGAAGAUGUUAAAGAAUUGUACUAUUAUCUAGAUAACACUCCUACUCAUUCUUAUAUGAAAGCUUUGUAUAAAUAUCCCUUCAAAAAAGCGUUUCCUUAUGAGCAAUUAGUAGAAGAAAAUGCUAAAAGAGGCUAUCAUGACAAAGAAUUCGAAGUAUACGACAUUGAUGGUCUCUAUAAAGAUUCACAAACUGGUGAUUCUCCAUAUUUUGAUGUCUUCUUCGAAAUGGCAAAAGAUGACCAAAAUCCAAAUAAUUUGAAUUUUAGAAUCACCGUGCAUAAUAGAUCUGAAAGAGAUUAUGGUGAACUGUAUGUGGUCCCACAGAUCUUCUUUAGAAAUACUUGGGCAUUCCAUGAUCCUAACAGUAAGAAACCUUACCAGAAACCAUAUUUAAGAAGAGACAAGAGAGAAACGAAUCUAAUUAAUCUUUUCACUGACAAAUUUGGUCAACAACAAAUUGUUUUCCAACCAUCACCGGGUGGAUUCGAAAAUGAGGAAGAAAUGAGUAAUGAUGCCGAUGAUAUAGAGCCUGUUUUAGUCUUCACUGAAAAUGAUUCAAAUUUGAAAAAACUGUUUAACGAGGAAAAAAACCCAACAGAAUUCACUAAAGAUGCAGUAGAGGAAUAUUUGGUUCAUGGUGUUAAAAAUGCUGUCAAUCCAAAGAAUCAAGGUACUAAAGCUGCUGCUAUCUAUCAUUUCAAAGCAAUACCUCCAGGAGAAUAUGUCACUGUAAGAUAUAAGUUCACAGAUGAUUUUGAAAACAAUAUUUAUCAUACAGAUGACCUUGCAGUUAUAGACGAGGAUGUCUUUGAUACUAUUUUUGACGACCGGGAACAAGAAGCUGAUAAUUUCUAUUGGAGAAUCACACCAUUGCCAAUUAAUGAUGAAUUGAGAAACAUUCAAAGACAGGCGUUCGCCGGUUUAUUGUGGACAAAACAAUUUUACAAUUUUAUCUGGGACAAUUGGUAUAAUGGCGAUAAAGCAAUUAAACCAAGACCACCACCUGAUCGUGCAAACGGUAGAAAUAAAAAUUGGAAACACUUGUAUAUUGAAGACAUUUUAUCCAUGCCAGACAAAUGGGAAUAUCCAUUUUUUGCAUCAUGGGACAGUGCCUUCCAUUGUAUCCCAUUUUCUAUGAUCGAUCCUGAUUUUGCAAAAAAUCAAUUGAAUUUACUAACAAGAGAAUGGUACAUGCAUCCAAACGGUCAAAUUCCUGCCUAUGAAUGGAACUUUAAUGAUGUUAAUCCACCAGUCCAUGCUUGGGCAGUUUAUCGUGUUUUUAAGAUUGAAAGAAAUUUAUAUCACCGUGAAGAUCGUGUUUUUCUGGAAAGUGUCUUCCAAAAAUUAUUAUUGAAUUUUACAUGGUGGGUUAAUCGUAAAGAUACUGAAGGUAAAAACGUCUUUGAAGGUGGUUUCCUAGGUUUAGAUAAUAUCGGUGUCUUCAAUAGAUCCGAACCUUUGCCAACUGGUGGGACUCUGGAACAAGCAGAUUCUACUGGUUGGAUGGCUUUCUUCUGUCUGCAAAUGUUAAAUAUUGCUCUUGAGUUAGCCAAAGAGAAUCCCACUUAUGAAGCUAUUGCAUCAAAAUUCUUUGAACAUUUCAUCCUUAUCAGUGAUUCUAUGUCAUUUGAAUACGUUGAUGCAUUUGAUGAAAACUGUAAUAUUGCCGGGAAGAUUAUUAAACAAAAUCUAUGGAAUGAAACAGACAACUUCUAUUAUGAUGCAAUUUCAUGGGGUCCACACAACAAGCAACAAUUACAUAUUAGAUCUUUAGUAGGCUUAAUUCCAUUAUAUGCGUCGAUGACAUUGGAACCGAGUAUUUUAGCUCAAUUUCCUAGGUUUAAAAAAAGAGUUCAGUGGUUUAUUGAAAAUCGUUCUGAUAUAUUUGACAGAAACAUAGCUUCAAUGGAAAGAAAAGGUGCAGGCGAAAGACUAUUGUUAUCGUUGGUUACAAAGGAUAGAUUAAAAGCUCUUUUAUCGAGAUUAUUAGACGAAGCAGAAUUCCUAUCUGAAUAUGGUGUUAGGUCAUUGUCAAAGUAUCAUGAAAAGCAUCCAUUUGAAAUGGAUGUUAAUGGACAGAAAUACACAGUGAAAUAUUUACCUGGUGAGUCUGAUUCUGGUAUGUUCGGCGGUAACUCCAAUUGGAGAGGUCCUAUCUGGUUCCCAACUACUUUUUUGAUUGUGGAAGCAUUACAAAGAUUUUACUUAUACUAUGGUUCCGAGUUUAAAGUAGAGUUUCCUACCGGUUCUGGUGAAUAUUUGAACUUAGCAGAAAUUGCUGAAGAGAUUAGUUACCGUAUGAUACAUAUGUUUAUUCCGGAUGAAAAUGGUGAACGUGCAAUUUAUUAUGGUGAACAUUCUAAACUAUUAUCUACAGAUGAGCAUUUCAAAGACUAUAUCUUGUUUUAUGAAUAUUUUGAUGGUGACACUGGUAGAGGUUUAGGUGCAUCUCAUCAAUUGGGUUGGACUUCAUUAAUUGCUAAGUGGAUUAGUGAUGUUGGUUUAUCAUGUGUUAAACUACCACGUACUCCAAGGUCUUCUGUAUCAGCUUCUUCGUACUUUAAUAUAUCUGAGCAUGUUUCACCACAACCUUCUAUUGUCUCUCCAUUGCCUGCUAGUGACUCGAGAUUACAUAGAUGGGCAAGAAGAAAGAGUGCUAAAUCACUGGUUAAUUUUACUGCUAAUGUUCUUGAGUUAAGCGAAGAAGAAAGGAGACAACAUAAGGUCGGUGCCGUUAGAACACCAAGAACGAGUGUUGUAAGUGCAGGAAGUAGGAUAGAUGAUAGCGAUACCAAUAGAAGUAGCCAUGAAGCUGAAAUAGGUAUUAUCGAUAGAUUAAUAGAUAGAAUCAAUGAUAUUGUUGUAGACAAAAAUACGUCAGAUAAUGAAACAGUCAAUGAAUUAGUCACUAGUUAG